ACAAAUACUGUUCAUUGUUUUCCUUCAAUUUCCUCUGGUGCGUCUGUUUCAUGGCAGGUACUUCAAGUGUAGCGAGAGCCUGGAGCGCGACGUUUGACGAGCUGAUUGGCAAACCCAUCGGGGAGUUCUCACGGACGCACAUGGCUCUGAAAGCCCCUGGAGUGCUGGCCGAAAACCCAGACAUAUUUGCUGUGAUCAUCAUUCUCAUCUUAACAGGACUUUUAACUCUCGGUGUGAAAGAGUCGGCCAUGGUCAACAAAAUAUUCACUUGUGUCAACGUUCUGGUCUUGGGCUUCAUAAUGGUGUCAGGAUUUGUGAAAGGAUCGAUUAAAAACUGGCAGCUCACAGAGGAGGAUUUCCAGAACACAUCCAGUCAUCGCUGCUUGAACAAUGACACAAAACAAGGGACACUUGGUGCUGGUGGAUUCAUGCCCUUUGGAUUCUCCGGUGUCCUGUCGGGGGCAGCGACCUGCUUCUAUGCCUUCGUGGGCUUUGACUGCAUCGCCACCACAGGUGAAGAAGUCAAGAACCCUCAGAAGGCGAUCCCCGUGGGGAUUGUCGCGUCCCUCCUGAUUUGCUUCAUCGCUUACUUCGGGGUGUCUGCCGCCCUCACGCUCAUGAUGCCAUACUUCUGCCUGGACAAGGACAGCCCCCUGCCCGACGCCUUCAAGCAUGUGGGCUGGGAAGGUGCCAAGUACGCGGUGGCCGUCGGCUCCCUCUGCGCUCUUUCUACCAGGUGA